AUGGGGCUGCGUCGCAGCGAUCCUCUCGAUCGUCAUCGACACGGUCGCGGCGAGGAAGGCAGCAGCCAACUGAGCACAGACGCCGCCACCGAUGGCGCAGAGGAUGCUGAGGACCAGGCCAGCAUCCCCAGUGAGCAGUGCGGGCGGGCAAAGCAAACGGGACAUCACACCCCGAGUGCGGCCAACCUCUCUCUACACGCCUGGAACGCUCAGCAACUGCUUCAGAAUCAGGUCCAGCAGCAGCAGCGCUCCGGCAAACCUCACGACUCUGCCCAGAUGGAGUUGUCCCUGAGCAGCAGUCAGAUUUGUAACUUGGUGCUCAACAGCUGCAGCGCAACACUACCGGCUGCCUGUAGCGGCGCUACAGGUGGUAACGGUGGUGGCCGUCAUUGUGGCAGCACUUCCGGAGCCGGUGGUAGCGGUGGGGAUGGCGUCUCUCCACCGUCCUCGCGCCAUCUUCAGCCGCCUCCAAAUCACAGCCAUGUGAACCUGUUUGUGCGGCAUCUGCCGCUCGAGCUGAACGAAGAAAAGCUGCGAGCGAUGUUCACCCCGUUCGGCGAAAUUGUCAACUCGGCCAUCAUGCGCAACAUUCAUACCGGCGUCAGCCUCGGUACCGCCUUUGUGCGGUUUGCGAAACACGAGGAGGCGAUGCGGGCCAUGGAGGCCUUUGCGGGAGGCCGGCCGAUGACGGGCUCGAAACGGGUGACGGUGCAGUGGGCUCGCCGCGAGCACGACAAGGCCCCUUCCGGGGAUGAGCGGCGCAAAAUGCGAAAACUGUUUAUUCGUAAUGUGCCAAAGGACGUAACGCAGGAGAUGCUCAUGGCCCUCUUCAGUCAACACGGCCUGGUGAAGUCGGUUAGUACCCAUCGCGACACGGCAGCCGCCAACGCCGUUUCGCAGCCAGGCGGCGGUGGUGCCACUGCUACGGCGGAGGCGGACCUCUCAUCCCACAGCGGGCAUGAGGGCGCCGCCGCCGGUGCCAGCACCGAUGACCGCCGCAUCGCGUUUGUCACCUUCGAGCAGGAGGGCGUUGCCGAGCAGGCGACCGCCGCGGUGCACAACACAAUGCCGUUCGCUUCGUGCCAGGGCAUUCCACUCAUGGUGAAGUUGGCGGAGGACACACCAGUGCGGCACAACGCUCUUGGCGGCAACCACGCCAGAGCCAAUAACGUUGGCAUCCUUAACGAUGUUGGUGCGAAUGGGAAUGGAGCACAUGCGCCUCACAACAGCAGCUUGGGCAGCGGCGGUAGCGGGGGUGCACACCACCCUGCCAUCAUGGUCGGUGCCCCCAACAAUACUCUCAGCUGGUCCGACGUGCCCAUAACGGACUAUAUUGUCACACCGAUGACGUCGCCGCCUGCUGCGCAGUUGCAUAGCGCCACUGGACUAGCAUUGCCGCCAGCCCGUGGACGCGGAAUGCCACUGAGGUGGGGCGGGGCGCCGGGUAUCGGUGCCGGCCGCAGCUUCCCUCGUGUGUCACAGGACGGCAGCGCAGCCCAGGUGUUCUCGCCGCCGCGCCCCUUUGCCGGAACAACGGGCUCAGCCGGGUCACCGAAUGAAACCCCACCGUGCGCCGGUCUCACUCCAGUUCACAGCAACUCAGCAGUGCUACCCUACGGUGGGCAGACCUCUGGGAGUGCACAGGCACUCCGGCAACCCGUUCCAAGCCCAACACCAUUCUUGGCGCCGCCGAAGGCCUCGUCAGCCAUGACGGUCACUCCGCAGCACAUCGGGAGCUGCAACGCUGCGGACACUAUGCUUGACGGCUCGCAGACGCCUGGCAGCAUGGGGCCCAUAGUGGGCAGCAGCGGCUCACACCCAGUCCAGGCUAUAGGCAGUGGUUCAACAGACCUUAUCGGCUUUGCUGGCGGUGACUACACUGGCGCCUUCCCGGUAUUCUCGUACGAGACGCAGGAGUUUUACACGAUGCUGCAACAGUAUAGUAGCAACCUCACCGCCGCCAGCGACACCACUGCAAAGUCGCCGCCAUCGGGGCAGACCUCCGCACGAGCGACAGGGGCCGGCGCCUCUCCACACCCGGGCAGCGGCAACAACCAUAACAGCAUUAGAGCCAACGCCGGCGGGUUGUCUUUCCAGGUUUUGGGCUCCCACACCGACGCCGCGCAGAGCGAUGGAGUGGCCAGCGCACUUCUGCCGCAGUCAGCGCAGCCCUCUUCCACAACGCCGCUCAGCAGCUCAUCUUUUCAGCAGUCUCAGCCAAAGGCCUUGGCACUUCCGCAGCCUCGCUCCGGUGCGGUACAGCAGGCGCAACAACAGCAGCAGCCACCUGUGCCAGCAGAGUCUGAAGGUGGCAGCACCUUGAAUGGCGGCCACGCCCCAGCGCCAUAUCGACUCAUCCCACAGCCACGCAGCAACGCGAGCACCAACCCCCCUGUGCCCCUCAGCAAGUCAGCCGCUGCUGCUGCUGCCGCCGCCGCCACUGCUGCUGCUCCUUCGCCUUCCACCUCUCGGCGCGCCAACACACUGCCACCAGACGCCUGUCCGCCUUCGUGCGCAUCAACUCCGCAGAAGCAUGUCUCGCGGGUGUUGUCGCCAAGCACCAGCGCAUCCUUCACCGCUGGUGGCGGCGCCCAUUCCAGAAGCAACGGCGUCUUCACCCGCCAUGUCGCCCCAGAGGCAGAGGUCGGUGCGAUUAGUGGUGCGUCGAACCUGCGUCAUGGCCCACGUGCUACUUCCUCGUCCAUGCACACCAUUCGCUCCGGGACCAGUGGUGGCGGGGGCGUCAGCAGCGGCGCGAACAGCACUGGCGCCGCCACUGGCACGCUGGCCGCCCCUCUCAAUUCGGAGCUUGCGCCCCCGUUUGCGAGCAACACCACCAACGGCUUCCAGCCCUACCAAGUCACUGGCACCCUUGGUGCCGGCUCUGCAGCGAAGCGGAGCGUGCACGGCACAGUGGACACACGUGUCAGCUCGACGAUGAAGUACACUGCUGCUUCCCCAGCGCAGCCGACUAGUCUACCGCUGCCACCAGGCCGCUCCCCAGCGCCGCAGUCGCCGUCGCGGCGCUUCUCGUGUGAGCCGACGCAGCCCGUCACGGCAGCCGUAGCGCCGCCAACGUUCACGACAGCGCCGCUGAUGGCAGCGGCGGCCAAGAUGAUAUCAACAGACGACGGUGCCUUGACUGCUGACGAUAUGAAUACCUGUGACUACGGCGCUUACGCGACGGACAGCAUGUACACAGCCAAGUCUCACUACAGUAUCUCUUGUGCGGCGAAGGGGAUGCGUGCAGUGGGCGGCGUCGACCCGCCGCUGUGUGGUGCAGCCAGUGGCACCAGCAGCAGCGAGAACGUGAACACGAAGAUCAAGCAACAGAAUGCUACCAGUGCGGUGCGGGCCCAACUAAGCAGCCCUGCUCCUGCCGUCACCUCCUCGGCUCUUCGCAGAAGCGGCCAGCUCGGCGACGCUAGUCCUUGCUCCCUGUCGCUGGGCGGUGCUGAUCUCCUUGACGACCACUUGCUUUUCCAGUGGGAAAGUAACUCGGCCGCAAUGAAUGUCACCCCUGGUAUUACCGACCUCGCAGGCAUAGCCGGAGCCGCUGCCACGACAGCGCUGCCGUUUCGUGAUGAUCGGCGCAGCAAAGAAACCACAUCGGUGUUUGACAUGAUGUCCAUGCUGUCGGAGUCACGCACACAAGAGCUGAGUGCACUCGCAGAUGUGCCGACGACCGGGUCUGUGUCAAACAUGAGGUCGCAGUCCGACACUGGCGACCACUGGAGUGCCGGGCGGAUGCGAGAUACGGCAAAGCUGAGUUUGGGCGCCGUCGGCGGCGGCGACAUGGGAGCGGCAGCUCACCAAGGAUCGUCUACGGCGACGUCAACAUCGAAGGAAUUGAGCCGCCGCAGUACUGGGAGGACAUUGCUCGGCACGACUGCGAAGCCGCCUUCGCGAAUUGGCCGCUCCGACGACGAGGAUGACGAGCAGACAAGCUGGAUGGUGUACCCGGACAUAGACCUGAACCUCGGCUGGCCCCUCAGAACCACCACAAAGUCAAAGAAGGGUGGUGGGGUGGUCGGGAGCGGCCUCAACAGCGGCAGCAGCCGCGAAGAUGUUGACCAUCUUGGCUACUCGCAGCAGCUGGGUCACGUGAUGGACAACCUGUACAAUCUCAUGAGCUACGACGACGCCUCUUACUAG